AUGUCGUCCGAUCAGGGCACGCCGCUGCCGCACCAGGCCACCGCCUCUUCCUCGGCUUCUGUCCUCAAAUCCCCCUCCUCCUCCCAUUCCGCAGCAGCAUCCUUGCCACCGCCUUCACCAAUCCCACCACCCCCACCCGCCUUCACCCCCUCCCCUUCUCCCCCGCCCCAGUCCACCACAGCAGCAAAGCUCGACAGCGCCUCUCCAGAUCCGCACGCAUCCGGCUCCACUUCGCCCGACUCCCUGUCAGCCCUAUCCGCACGCAAACCAAGAGUACAAUCACAGCCCCAGCUCGUCCAACACCUCCCCCUCGCACACGAUGCCGCCAUGGCCACCUUCACCGAAAUCACUCACAACGACUACCACGACAAGAAACUCGGCAGACCACCAGGCAAAUUCGACGACUACAUGCUUUGCGACUGCAACCCUGCAACAGAGAAUACUGACCUCGCCUGCACAGACGAGUCGGGAUGCAUCAAUCGCAUGACCCAGAUCGAAUGCUCCUCCUCCAAAUGCAGAUGGGGAAAGCUCUGCCGCAACCAGCGCUUCCACCGCAGGCAGUACGUAAACGUCGACAUCGUACAAACCGAAAAGAAGGGCUUCGGCCUGCGCGCAGCACACGACAUCCCAAAGGAGUCCUUCGUCUACGAGUACGUCGGCGAGGUCAUGAACCAGCACACCUUCCUAGAUCGCAUGCAGCUCUACCGCACCGAGGGCAUCCGUCACUUUUACUUUAUGAUGCUCCAACCCAACGAGUAUCUAGACGCCACAAAAAAGGGCGGCAAGGGUCGCUUCAUCAAUCACUCCUGCAACCCCAACUGCUCCGUCUCCAAGUGGCAGGUCGGCAAACACCUCCGCAUGGGCAUCUUUGCAAAACGCAACAUCGCAAAGGGCGAGGAACUCACCUUCAACUACAACGUAGACCGAUACGGCAACGACGCACAAGAGUGCUUCUGCGGCGAACCCAACUGCGUCGGCACCCUCGGCGGCAAGACUCAGACCGACCUCAGCGGCAUGGACGACCUCUUCCUCGACGCUCUCGGCAUCUCGGACGAAGUAGAGCAGACCGAAGCCAAAGGUUCGCGUCGCAAACGCGGCAAGCGUCUCGACCUCGACUUUAUCCCGCAAAUGCGUCCCAUCCAGGAACACGAGGCCACCCGCGUCAUGACCGCCGCUCGUCAGGCCGGCCCCAAGCGCGAGAUCCUCGAAAAGCUCCUCCGCAGGAUGGAGAUGACCACCGACGUCAACGUCCAAAAGUCGCUCGUCAAGCUUCACGGAUUCAUCCUCAUGCAGUUCCUCCUCGAACAGUGGUGGAACGACCGUGACAUUGUCCUCCUCAUCAUCAACGUCCUCGCCCGAUGGCCCCUCAUCGCUCGCAACAAGGUCAUCGACUGCGGCAUCGAGGAUCAGGUGCGCACCACCGCCGAAACUUAUCGCCCCAAGUCCUCCACCGCCACAAAGCCAGAACCAUCCCUCCAAUCUACCAAGCCGGACCCAGAUGCCACGCAAGAAACAGCCGAAUCGACACCACUGCGCAUCGGCGCGCCGCCAGCAGAGGACGCCGAGGUGUCAUCUCGCGCAGAGCAUCUGCUCGAGGCGUGGAAGAAGCUCGACAUGACCUACCGCAUCGCGCGCAAGGAUGCCAUCAAGCAAGGCGCAGACGAGCCCAAACACGCCACCAACGCCACCAGCUGGAUCGACCGUCGACGCCUUCAAGACCUCUUCGACGAUCCGCUCGAGCUCGACCAGGCACAGGCGCCCAACGCCGUCUCCUCCGAGCUCGGUUCGGCGCUCUCUGGCGAUCAGGAGCUGCGCGAGUCUCGUCCCGCUUGGCAGCCACCUCCGCCUCCGCCCGCGCAGACGUCCGAUCCGCGCGCCAGCAGGCGAUCCAACAACCCUUCGAACGGCUCAGCCAACUCCUUCCCGGCCUCGUUGGCGCCAACCGGCUUGACUGCGGACCAGCUCACCUCGGCACUCUCCUCGUCGCUCGCAAAGUCGCUGCCCGGGCUCGUCUCGUCGCUCCAGCAGCACGGUUUCCAGAUGCCACAGCCGCAGUCGCAGCCCAAGCCGCAGCCCAAGCCAGAGCCACAACAUGCGCCGCCAAAGGUCUCGGCUCCGCCCGUCGCCAAGUCGAUCGAAGAGAUCAUCCGCGAAGCCAACGAGCACGAGGAGCGCGCACGCAAGGAGGCCGAAGCCGCCGCCAAGGCAGCGCGCGAGCUCGAGCUCAACGGCAAUCUCAAGCCCGCAUCCUCGUCGUCCUCCUCGUCGCGCAAGAGGCCGUCUUCGUCGUCUCGCCAUGCGGACAAAAGACACAAGCCUUCGUCUUCUUCGGCGGCAGCGCGUAGCUCCAACGGCACCGAUGCAGCUUCGAGUUCCAAAGCGGGCGAGGUGGCGGCGAGCAACGAGCGUCGGCUGCGCAAGCUGGUGGGUGAGGUGGUGGUGCGCCAAAUGUCCAAGCACAAGGAUGCGCUGGAGCGCGAGAGCUUCAAGCGCCAUGCCAAGGAGCUCACCAACGUGAUUGUGGACAAGGAGAUGCGCAAUCCCAAAUCGUGGCCGCCCGCCAACGGCGCCACGCUCACCGAGCUCUCGAGCGACAAAAAGGCCAAAAUGAAGAGCUUCGCCACCGAGUACAUCGACAAGCUGCUCGCGAGAAAGGCCAAGGCAAGGGCCAAAGACACGCCGACCACCGACGAACCUGGAUCUUCCAGCCAUCCCGCCAACAGCAGCAGCGUCUAG